AUGGCCGUAGUAAUUAACAAUAUGAUGUUCACCUUUAUGAAACUCAAAUUGCGCACAUAUUUCACCAAGAAGGCAAAGCCUGUCCCCUCGGAAGGCGAUUCAGUUUCGAACAUUGCCAGUACGUCUACAGGGAUCAGCAGACAACCCAGGUCGUUCUCCCAUGUACAGGGCUGGAAGCAAGUAUUCUCCGAGACGCAGGUCGUUCCCAAUUGCUCUUGUGUCUUUUGCAUGACCAUGAGAGCCCACGACGCUCAUGAUACCCAUGAGGUACCUACAAGCCCCUCAGACGGGUCUCCGCGCCCACAAUCCCACUCAUGUACCCCUUCAGUACCACCAAUGGCUAGUGUCUACGAUGUGCUAUACCCAUCGAGGCGCGCUCCCUUAGAGCCCAGGGGGGAUAUUCCUACUUCUACCACGGCUGCUACUCACGCAGGAACGCGACCUCGGAAGGUCCCUGCCGGUGGUGAGAGAUGUGAGCCGCGCCCCACUCGGGCCCGCGUAGAUGGCUACUUCACUGGCACCAUCGAUUCCUUGGACACGCCUCCACCGUACUCGAAAAGCGACCCUAUACGCAGAAUAGGCUCAGCUCCCUAUUACACGUCUUAG